AUCUCGGAAAUCAUGCUGUUUUUUCCUUUCUUUCAAUUUUUUUUUACAUAAUCGUCCAUAAAUAUCUGCGAGUACACAAAUGUAACUAUAUUUACUUGUACUCGGUCAGACAACUGUGGUAUCAGGUCAUCCUGCGUUUGUAGGUAACAUUGUUUCCAUAUUGCAUAUAGCGGCUUUACAUGCACUCUGGUUGGUGCUGGCCCUUUAAGUAGUCAGUGUGUCUGUGAUUGGACUGAUGUGUGUGUGUGUGUGUGUGUGUGUGUGUUAGUGUUACAGUCUUCACUGAUGGAGUGUGUGUGAUGCUCCAGAGCAGCAGGUUGUCCCAGCACUGACUCUCCUGUCCACUCACAGCCAGAGUGUGAGACAGUAGAGACAUUAGAUACAGCAUGAGGGACAGUCUUAGAGUCUCAGUCAGUGUGUGAGACAGUGUGUGAGACAGUACAGAGACAGUAUAGAGACAACAUGAGCACAGUGUCAGAGUCUUUGGUCGGCAGCAGCAGGUCUCUGUCCGUCACCAAGAGACACAAGAGUGUGAGGAAAAACUCCAGGAGGAUUUAUUCAGCGUACCAGGACCAGCAGGGCUCCUCAGAUGAUGAAGAUAAAGAUGACGAGCGCGUGGACAGUAACGACCCGGAGGAAAUGUUCCAGAACAUUCAGUACCAGAAGGAGAUCAUCGCCAACAUUCGAACCAGACCCUGGCCAAUGAGACGCAAGCUCAAAGUUCUCAAGCAUGCCAGAGAGAUUGUCCUGAAGUACGAGGGCCAGCUGACCAGAACCAGAGGCUACCAGACCGCAGGAGCUGAUCUGCUGAAGAAACUGUCCCGUGUUCUGUACAACAUUGUGGUUCUGUUCAUUCCCUGGGAAGUGAGGAUCAAGAAAAUUGAAAGUCACUUUGGGUCGGGCGUGGCCUCUUACUUCAUCUUCCUGCGCUGGUUGUUUGGGAUCAACAUCGUCCUCACCAUCAUGACUGGAGCCUUCAUUGUUCUCCCAGAGUUGCUGGCUGGAGCUCCCUUUGGCACCACGAGAAGUAAAACUAUCCCUAAAGACCUUCUGCCUUCAGCUCAGGACCUGGACACCAUCUGGUCUCUGGGGGGUUACCUGCAGUACUCAGUCUUGUUCUAUGGUUACUACGGCAGGGUGAGGAAGAUCGGCAGCGCCGGCUACCGCUUGCCGCUCGCCUACUUCCUGGUUGGAAUGGCGGUCUUUGCCUACAGCUUCAUCAUCCUGCUGAGAAAGAUGGCCAAGAACUCUCGUCUGAGCUUGGCUAGCGCCUCGGAUGAGAACUUCACCUUUUGUUGGAGGGUUUUCUGCGCCUGGGAUUAUCUGAUCGGAAACCCGGAGGCUGCAGAGAGUAAAGGCGCUGCCAUCGUCAACAACAUCAGGGAAGCCAUCGUUGAGGAGCAGGAAAAGAAGAAGGACACCAGUCUGGCCGUGCUGAUCAGUCUGCGUAUCUUGGCCAACAUCCUGGUGCUGCUGUCUCUGGCCGGCAGCAUCUACAUCAUCUACUUUGUGGUGGACCGUUCUCAGAAGCUGGAGCAGGAGAAGCCCGAGCUGACGCUGUGGGAGAAGAAUGAGGUGAGCGUGGUGGUGUCUCUCAUCACCAUGAUCGCUCCGUCUGCCUUUGAGCUGGUGGCUCAGCUGGAGAUGUACCACCCUCGCACCUCGCUGAGAUUCCAGCUGGCCAGAGUGCUUGUUUUAUACCUGGGGAAUCUCUACAGCCUCAUCAUCGCCCUCCUCGAUAAGGUCAACAUCAUGAGCUCUGCUAUCCCAGUGAGUCCAGCAAACUGGUCUGAGUCCAGCUCUUUCUUGGCCACCAUCUCUCAGCCUGAGGGAGACAACCUCUCCACCCACAUGUCCGAACUCUCUGCAUCCGGACAUCGCAACAGCACCAUAGCAACCAUCGCCACGGUGCUGGGAGUGGCCCACAGCAACAGGAGCAUCUCCAGCGCCGCACACAACCAGACCGCUCUGUUUGAGAAGAACACCCGUCCUCAGCAGGACCAGUGCUGGGAGACCUACGUCGGACAGGAGAUGCUGAAGCUGUCCAUCAUUGACAUGAUCUUCACAGUGGCCAGUAUUCUGCUCAUUGACUUCAUCAGAGGGUUGGUGGUUCGAUACCUGAGUGACUGCUGCUGCUGGGACUUGGAGAGCAAGUUUCCUGAGUACGGAGAAUUCAAAAUAGCCGAGAAUGUCCUGCAUCUGAUUUAUAACCAAGGAAUGAUCUGGAUGGGAGCGUUCUUCUCUCCUUGUCUUCCUGCCUUCAACGUGUUGAAGCUGAUUGGUCUGAUGUAUCUGAGGAGCUGGGCCGUCCUCACCUGUAAUGUUCCCCAUCAGCAGGUGUUCAGAGCCUCCAGAUCCAAUAACUUCUACUUGGCCAUGCUGCUGUUCAUGCUGUUCCUGUGUAUGCUGCCCACCAUCUUUGCCAUCGUUCGGUACAGACCGUCACAGCACUGUGGACCAUUCAGUGGUCAGGAGAAGAUUUAUGACAUCAUCUCAGAGACGGUGGCGGCUGACUUUCCUCUGUGGUUCAGUAAAGUGAUGAGUUACGUCACCAGUCCUGUCGUCGUGCUGCCGGCACUGCUGCUGCUGUUCAUGCUCAUCUACUAUCUACAGGCCAUCGCCAGAUCCCUGAAAUUCACCAACAACCAGCUGAGGAUGCAGCUCCAGAGAGAACGAACUGAAGACAGGAAGAAGGUCUUCCAGCUGGCUGCAGCGCGACUACAGGCCCCAGAGGCUGCGGCUGUGGCCGCGGCCGACAAACCGCUGGAUCAGCCGGACAGCGACGCCACGAGUCAGGAGGCCUCGGUGCACACUCCGUCACCGCGACGCAACGGCAGCGUCACUAACUUCCAGUCCCCCGUCCGCCGCGGGAACAGCAUUCGCACCAUCACCCAGUCAGUGUCUCGGGCCGACCUGAGCCGAGGAAGUGGAUCUGGAUCCAUCAGGAGUCCGACGGUGACGGUCCUGCCCAAACACAGGCUGGAGCACAUUCCUAACAGGCCCCGGCCGUUUCUUAGCGGCCCUAGCGGAUCCUGUAGGUCUAAGUCCUACCACCACUUGGUGUACAAUCACCCAGCUCGCUAUUCUGAAAACAUCCACUCUGACCCCCUGUACAGGAAGACUGCGCGCGCCAUACGCCCAGUUGAGGCUGCCGGGUACAUCCCAGCGCAGAGUUAUGGCGGACGCCGCGGUCACACCCGCUACGUCAUCGUCAAUGAGCACGAGCCCCGGAAAAAGCUGCUGCGCUCAGCCACUCGCAUCCCGCGCCAUUACCUCAUGGAGGAGCCCGCAGAGAUCGUGGAGCUGUACCCGUGCAACGUCAAGCGCUACGCGACCCGCGCAGCUCACCACCAGCCACAUCCUCACCGCUGCCACGCAUCACAGCAGCACCUGAGCGAGGAAGAGGAGGAGGAGGAGGUGGUGGAAGGGAAGGGCAGGAGGAAGACGUCACUGGGGAAGACCCACCGGCCUCACUCCCUCUCCGAUCUCCACCAGCCUGCCAACUUCUACAUCGGUGACCGCAUGGAAAGCCACGUCUCCAUCGCUAAAGACGGCAAAGCAGCACGAGGAAGAUAUGGAGCAAAGGAUGGAGAUGAAGAGGGCGAGGCGGGAGGGGCAGAGAUGGACUGGGGAGGUUCAGAGUCACAUCUGCGGUGCCAGGGCAGUGUGAAGGGUUCGGACCCCCUUUUGGUUCGAACCAGGCGUAACGUCCACUCUCCAGGAAGACACUGUCAGUCUCCAGCCAGGACCAGACACGCGGAGUCUCACGUGAAGCCCAAGAUGAGACCGAAGCUGGAAACGCCCCUCACCGAGUCUGACUCCGCCUCCCUGGCGUCCAGCAGCGACCAGCAGAACAGCAGCACGGACCAGUACAUCCAGGUCAUCCACAACAAGGAGCGCUAUCUCAAGUCCGACACAAGGCAAGGAAAGGUGGCGAAGAAAAAGUCCAAAACCAGCUUUGACCCCAACGUCACCGAGUCCAGUGACCUGGUCUGCUCCAACGUAUGACGUCUCCGCGGAAAUCAAGUGUUGGGUUUCCAAAUUUACCAGAUAUACAUGGUUGAAAGUAGGUCGGUAUGGUCUGGAACUGGAACCACAAAAAGAUUCCGAGUGUAAAACCAGCCGUAGUCGCCAUUCCCGCAAGGAAACGCCUGCUAACGUUGCGUCCGGGUCAACGUGUCGUAAAGUCAAGGAUCCUUCAAGACAAGACUCCUUCUAGGAACAGACUCGCAAGUGUGUUUCAUCACUAUCACAAUGUUCUGCCCGGCAAAACAUCCAUGCACAAAAGGGAUUGUGGGUAUUUAGCGCUGCGUUGAGGAACCACAACAUGGAUCCUUGUAAAGGCUCAGUGAGAAGGAUGAUCCUUCCCUGAAUUUGACAAAUACCAGUUAUCUCCUUAUAAACUGCUUCUCAGUCGUUCUAUAUUUCAUUGGAAACACAUCUGUGCUGGGUUUUGAUCUGGUGGGUGGAGUCCAGCUUCUGGUGGGUGGAGUCAAGCAAACGUUUGGAAGAUAUUCAACCUUCUACGAUUGAUGACAAAAACAACUCCUCACUCUAACUCUAGUGAGGUAGACGACGAACCACAACCCGAUUUUGACGAACAAAAUACAACAUUGGUCUUAAGCAAGGAGGCAGGGACCGUCUACAAAGUGUAACACCGAGGAAUGAAAAUAUUAUUAUAGUCAUUGACAGAUUCAACUUUCUACGAUCAACAGCUUGCCUCCUCACUCUAACUAUAGCGAGGUAAACGAGCUACAACCCGAUUUUCAUUUACAAAAAAAAUCGUUCUCUGACCUGAACAUAUUAUGUCGGUCUUUAUCAGGCGAGGAAGCAGGGACCGUCUACGAUUGAAUGAAUGAAAAUAUUCCGUAACUUCUCUCAUAUGCAGCAGAUUUGGCACCAAAUUCAUUUCACACAUUGGUGGUCAAUGUUGCUGAUUAUACUGCAUUUCUUACAGUAGACGACAAUUGUUUUUGUAUCAUUUUGGUGAAUUUUUAUUGGUUGUCAUAUUCAAUAACAGACCUCUUAAGCAGUGCAGUGUCACCAAAUUCAAUUUACACAGAACAUUGGCAUAUUUUGGUUAUAAUAUACGGUAAGUUAACUUUUAUGAAGUGUAGUGUCAUUUUUGUUAAUAUUUAAGUAAUAGUAAUAAUAAAUAUUUUCCAUAUUCCAAAUAUUUAUUUAUUCUUUUGAGGAGAAGUGAUGUGAUGAAGGCCGAGGUUGUUGCAUCUGCAAUAAUGUACUACUUUCACACCUGGAUAUACGUACAUCAUAUAUAUUAAGCACAUAAACUAUAAUAUUAUAAGUGUGAUGUUAUUCUCCUAUGUGUGUGUGUGUGUGAUCUGGCAUCAAAAAUCUAUAUAACAAUACAUACUUGUAAUUUGUGGGAUGGUAUCUAUCGUGGAAUUGUGAUAUUCAUGUGGCCCCGAGUCACCUGUGAAGUUCACUCAUUCAUUUAUAAGUGAGACACACACUGAUUUACUGAGACUCUGUGUAGUUUCUUUUUUAAUCUUUUUGUUGAGAACUGGUGUAAAGUGUUUGACUAAAGUAGCUUUAAAGAUUUGA